GGAGCUGGAUCCCGAGCCGGGGCCGGGGCGGGAGUCGGGGCCGGAGCCCGGCCAGAGCGGGCUCAAGCGCUAUGGGGUCGGCCGACUCUAAGCUGAAUUUCCGAAAGGCGGUGAUCCAGCUCACCACCAAGACGCAGCCUGUGGAAGCCACCGAUGAUGCCUUUUGGGACCAGUUCUGGGCAGACACGGCCACCUCAGUGCAGGAUGUCUUCGCGUUGGUACCAGCAGCAGAGAUCCGGGCCGUGCGGGAGGAGUCACCCUCCAAUCUGGCCACUCUGUGCUACAAGGCUGUGGAGAAGCUGGUGCAGGGAGCCGAGAGCGGCUGCCAUUCGGAGAAGGAGAAGCAGAUUGUCCUGAACUGCAGCCGGCUUCUCACCCGCGUGCUGCCCUACAUCUUUGAGGACCCUGACUGGAGGGGCUUCUUCUGGUCCACAGUGCCCGGGGCAGGGCGAGCAGGGGGAGAGGGUGAUGAUGAGAAUGCCCGGCCCCUCGCUGAGUCCCUGCUGCUGGCCGUUGCCGACCUCCUCUUCUGUCCAGAUUUCACUGUCCAGAGCCACCGAAGGAGCACUGUGGACUCGGCGGAGGACGUCCACUCCCUGGACAGCUGUGAAUACAUCUGGGAGGCUGGCGUGGGCUUUGCUCACUCCCCCCAGCCCAACUACAUCCAUGACGUGAACCGGAUGGAGCUGUUGAAGCUGCUGCUGACGUGCUUCUCUGAGGCCAUGUACCUGCCCCCAGCUCCGGACGGUGGUGGCACCAACCCGUGGGUGCAGUUCUUCUGUUCCACAGAGAACAGACACGCCCUCCCCCUGUUUACCUCCCUCCUCAACACCGUGUGUGCCUAUGACCCUGUGGGCUACGGGAUCCCCUACAACCACCUGCUCUUCUCCGACUAUCGGGAGCCCCUGGUGGAGGAGGCUGCCCAGGUGCUCAUUGUCACCUUGGACCAUGACAGUGCCACCAGCACCAGCCCCACAGUGGACGGCACCACCACAGGCACUGCCAUGGACGACACGGACCCUCCAGGACCCGAGAACCUGUUUGUGAACUACCUGUCCCGCAUCCAUCGUGAGGAGGACUUCCAGUUCAUCCUCAAGGGCAUAGCCCGGCUGCUCUCCAACCCCCUGCUCCAGACCUACCUGCCCAACUCCACCAAGAAGAUCCAGUUCCACCAGGAGCUGCUGGUCCUCUUCUGGAAGCUCUGUGACUUCAAUAAGAAAUUCCUCUUCUUCGUGCUCAAGAGCAGUGAUGUGCUGGACAUCCUGGUCCCCAUCCUCUACUUCCUCAAUGAUGCCCGAGCGGAUCAUUCUCGGGUGGGCCUGAUGCACAUUGGAGUCUUCAUCCUGUUGCUUCUGAGCGGGGAGCGGAACUUUGGGGUGCGGCUGAACAAGCCCUACUCGGUGCGCGUGCCCAUGGACAUCCCGGUCUUCACCGGUACCCACGCAGACCUGCUCAUUGUGGUAUUCCACAAGAUCAUCACCAGCGGUCACCAGCGGCUGCAGCCCCUCUUCGAUUGCCUGCUCACCAUCGUGGUCAACGUGUCCCCCUACCUCAAGAGCUUAUCCAUGGUGGCUGCCAAUAAGCUGCUGCACCUGCUGGAGGCCUUCUCCACCACCUGGUUCCUCUUCUCUGCUGCCCAGAACCACCACCUGGUCUUCUUCCUCCUGGAGGCCUUCAACAACAUCAUCCAGUACCAGUUCGAUGGCAACUCCAACCUGGUCUACGCCAUCAUCCGAAAACGCAGCGUCUUCCACCAGCUGGCCAACCUGCCCACCGACCCCCCUGCUAUCCACAAGGCCUUGCAAAGGCGUCGGCGGGCACCUGAGCCCUUGUCCCGAACUGGCUCACAGGAGGGCGCCUCUAUGGAGGGCUCCCACCCUGCUGCCCCCGCUGAGCCUGGCACUCUCAAGACCAGCCUGGUGGCCACCCCAGGCAUUGACAAGCUGACAGAGAAGUCCCAGGUGUCAGAGGAUGGCACCUUGCGAUCCCUGGAGCCCACGUCCCAGCAGAGCUCAGCAGAUAGCAGCCCGGCCACGGAGGAGCCCGACCAGGCGUGGCGGGAGCAGCGGCGACUGUCCAGCGUGUCAGCCAGUGGGCAGUGGAACCCAACGUCGGAAUGGGUUCUCUCUUGGAAGUCAAAGCUGCCGCUGCAGACCAUCAUGAGGCUGCUCCAAGUGCUGGUUCCCCAGGUGGAAAAGAUCUGCAUUGACAAGGGCCUGACAGAUGAGUCAGAGAUCCUGAGGUUCCUGCAGCAUGGCACCCUGGUGGGGCUGCUCCCUGUGCCCCACCCCAUCCUGAUCCGCAAGUACCAGGCCAACUCGGGCACGGCGAUGUGGUUCCGCACCUACAUGUGGGGGGUCAUCUAUCUGAGGAAUGUGGACCCACCUGUCUGGUACGACACGGAUGUGAAGCUGUUUGAGAUCCAGCGGGUGUGAGGAUGGAAGCCUACUGGGGGAUGGGACCGGGAAGGGUGGGGGUCCUGGUCCCCUGAUGCUCCCCUGACCCACUGCUCUAGGCUUUAAAUUACCACAACCAACCGGGGCUGGCAGAGGGGCUGAGUCCUGGGUGGCAGGCCCUAAAGGCCCCUGGUGGCUGGGAUGAUGGGGCCAGGUACUGAUCACCCCCCCUGAGGGCUGGACUCACAGGAGCCUCCCGUCUCCAGCACUGCAGGCCCUGGCCAGAGCCCCCACCUCACUCUGGCUCUCCCUCAAGACCCGUUUCUCUGCUGCCUAUCAUCCCCAGAGGACACCAGGUCACUGAGCCCUCAUGCCUUGCCCAACAAGGGAGCUGUGGGCUGUCCCUUGAGGCACCUGGGCA